CCGCCGGCCGGCUCCCUCGCUGACCGCCGACUGUCAAUGGAGCUGGAAAACAUCGUGGCCAACACGGUCUUGCUGAAAGCCAGGGAAGGAGGCGGAGGAAAGCGCAAGGGGAAAAGCAAGAAGUGGAAGGAAAUCCUGAAGUUCCCUCACAUUAGCCAGUGUGAAGACCUCCGAAGGACCAUAGACAGGGAUUACUGCAGUUUAUGUGACAAGCAGCCAAUUGGGAGGCUGCUUUUCCGGCAGUUCUGUGAAACCAGGCCUGGGCUGGAGUGUUUCAUUCAGUUCCUGGACUCAGUGGCAGAAUAUGAAGUUACUCCAGAUGAAAAACUGGGAGAGAAAGGGAAGGAAAUUAUGACCAAGUACCUCACUGCAAAGUCCCCAGUUUUCAUUGCCCGAGUUGGCCAAGACCUGGUUUCCCAGACGGAGGAGAAGCUCCUGCAGAAGCCCUGCAAAGAAGUCUUUUCAGCCUGUGUGCAGUCUGUCCAUGACUACCUAAAGGGAGAGCCAUUCCACAAAUAUCUGGACAGCAUGUAUUUUGACCGCUUUCUCCAGUGGAAAUGGCUGGAAAGGCAACCGGUGACCAAAAAUACUUUCAGACAGUAUCGAGUUCUAGGAAAAGGGGGCUUCGGUGAGGUCUGUGCCUGCCAGGUUCGGGCCACGGGUAAAAUGUAUGCUUGCAAGCGCUUGGAAAAGAAGAGGAUCAAAAAGAGGAAAGGAGAGUCCAUGGCACUUAACGAGAAGCAAAUUCUAGAGAAGGUCAACAGUCAGUUUGUGGUCAACCUGGCCUAUGCCUACGAGACCAAAGAUGCGCUGUGCUUGGUCCUGACCAUCAUGAACGGGGGUGACCUGAAGUUCCACAUCUACAACAUGGGUAACCCUGGCUUCGAGGAGGAGCGAGCCCUAUUUUACGCAGCAGAGAUCCUCUGCGGCCUGGAAGAUCUCCACCGCGAGAACACCGUGUACCGAGAUCUGAAACCUGAAAACAUCCUGCUAGAUGAUUACGGCCACAUCCGGAUCUCAGACCUGGGGCUGGCUGUGAAGAUUCCUGAGGGAGACCUGAUCCGUGGCCGGGUGGGCACCGUCGGUUACAUGGCUCCAGAGGUCCUGAACAACCAGAGGUACGGCCUGAGCCCUGACUACUGGGGCCUGGGCUGCCUCAUCUAUGAGAUGAUCGAGGGCCAGUCGCCAUUCCGUGGCCGCAAGGAGAAGCUGAAGCGGGAAGAGGUGGACCGCCGGGUCCUGGAGACCGAGGAGGCAUAUUCCCACAAGUUCUCUGAGGAGGCCAAGUCCAUCUGCAAGAUGCUGCUCACCAAAGAUGCAAAGCAGAGGCUGGGCUGCCAGGAGGAGGGUGCUGCAGAGGUCAAGAGGCACCCUUUCUUCAGGAACAUGAAUUUCAAGCGCUUAGAAGCUGGGAUGUUGGACCCUCCCUUCGUUCCAGAUCCCCGAGCCGUGUACUGCAAGGACGUACUGGACAUCGAGCAGUUCUCCACCGUGAAGGGCGUCAACCUGGACCACACGGAUGAUGACUUCUACUCCAAGUUCUCCACGGGCUCCGUGUCCAUCCCGUGGCAAAACGAGAUGAUAGAAACAGAAUGCUUUAAGGAGCUGAACGUGUUUGGACCUAACGGUACCCUCUCGCCAGACCUGAACAGGAGCCACCCUCCGGAACCGCCAAAGAAGGGGCUGCUCCAGAGAAUCUUCAAGCGUCAGCAUCAGAACAAUUCCAAGAGUUCUCCCAAUUCCAAGACCAAUUUUAAUCACCACAUAAAUUCAAACCAUGUCAGUUCAAACUCCACGGGAAGCAGCUAGUUCCGGUUCUGGCCCUGACGUCCAUGGUGGACCACCCAGACCCUCCUACUUAGACACGGCACCAGCGGAGCUUUGCUCUGGCUGGGUGACUGGGGAGCCUCCGAGCCAGGGACGGAAACCGUCCACAUCCUUGACGUACAGCCUCGAGGUUUCUCAAAGAAAUCCCCACUCAGGUCUGUUUUCUGAGGCGGCCCCCAAGCCGGGGUGGAUCGGAUCUUUGUCGAACAUUGCAAUAGAAACCCAAUGGGAUACGACACCUUGCACGCAUUUUAAUAGCGUCAUACCUAGAACUGAAUUUUGUCUUUAUUAUUUUUAAAGAAAAGUUUUGUAAAUUUCUCUAUUGUCUCAGUUUACAUUUUGUAUAUUUGUAUUUAAAUGAAAGUCAGACUUUGAGGGUGUAUAUUUUCUGUGCAGCCACUGAUAAGCCAUGUGUUUUGAGACAUUUUAGAGGGAGGGAGGGGAUUUACAAAAAAAGAAAAAAAAAAUGUGACUCAAAACUUCCAGAGCCUCAAAUGAGAAAAUGUUUUUAUUAAAUGUAGAAUGAUUCACAUUUCACCUUUAAAGGAUUGGUUGUAUUUCCCCACACCCCUCUAUUACCUUUCCCUCCCAUCGCUCUCACACUUCUGUUGGCUUACAACAGUCAGAAUUAAAUGUUCAAGACACACUUGGGUCUGCCUUUUGCCCCAGCUAGAACAUCCUCAGUGGGUGCCCACGGAGUCACCUGGGGUGCCCCGCGCCAUUGCUCUUCAGCCUCUGCCUCCGUUUUCCUCUGGAAGGUGGCCAGUGCACAAGCUGGAUGCCUUCAGCCCAGGGGGCUCUGGGCCUUUUUCUUUCUAAGCAGGUCCUGACUACUAAUGCCGGCAGUUUUCCAGAGCUUACGCUUGGAGAUGUUUGUUUUAUUUCAUUUUUAAGGAAAGCAUAAUGAUGACAAGGAGUAGUCACAGGACCCCAAGUGUCCCAAACCCUCCGGGUCUAGAAAGCAUUGGGAAGAGAGUCAGUCCAGUCACCCUGAGUGACCAUCUUCAUGUCUAUGGAGGGGGAGGAUGGCUUAUCCAGGUUCUUGGGCAUUGAGCGUGUUCUCAGGGUCUCAAGACUUUAAUGGAGCCUCACAAUUUUGCUGGCCCAUCUGGCACGGAUGAGUUUGUCUCUCCAGGCAGAUGGGAUGCCUCAGGAGAGGCCAGGCCACCAAAGAUGCUCAUGACAAACUCACUGUUACCUCCCCAGGAGAACUGGGGCAGAGGCAGGAUCUAAUUGGGUAUCUCAAAGCUUCAGCCCCAAGUAGCCCCGAGGGGACUUGGUAGCUUCAUUAGACCGAAGUCCUCUAACAACAGUGCCUGGACCCUCGCCACAUGGCUACCCAGCCUCAGGAGCUGCUGGCCACCCCCUGGCUGCCUCUAGAAGUGACGAGGUGAUGAGGAGACGAGCAAAUCUGCCCUCUCCUCCCUCCGGGACAGGGUGAGCUGUUGACUUCACUGCUCCCUUGCCUGGCUGAGUCCAAGGCAUCUGAUUUGGCUUCAGAACUGGUCUCAGUGCCCGGCAGAGCCAGGGUCUCUCACAGCGUGGGCUCUGCACUACCUGCCCUGGCACCACCUGCUGAAAUGCAGAUUCCAGAGCUCCAGACCUACAGAAUGGGAAUCACUAGGAGUGGGGCCCAGGAAUCUGCAUCCUUAUAAAGCUCACCAGGUCAUUCUGAUGACCCUGGAGUGUGAGAACCACUGCUGUAAGCCAUCAGCAGGGCUUGGGGUAUGGUCACCCCCAACAUCUCUGCCAGGGCGACUGGCAGCUCUGGAACGUGAGCUUUGAGGGAGGAGAGAACCCUCAGCACAUCAGCCUCACGCCUCAGUUUCCAUGUUCUCCCUUCAGACUAGGCCUAUGGGUCCUGGGGCAUGCUGGUAGGAAGGGACCUAACCUUUAGGACUAAUGAUUUUGAGGUCACUUUACAAACAAAUGGAAAAGAAGCAAUAGUUGGACUUCCCUGAGAUUCCUUAAAUACACAAUGUUAUUUUCUUCAAGACCAGCCCUUCUCAUGGGCGGCUUCCAUUGCCUUCCUGGGCUGAGUACAGACAAAAUACAACCAGCCAUACCCAGGCGAUGCCGAGGAAAAGCUCUCUGAUCAUCUCUUAGACCCCCAAGCUCUUGCUGACACUCCUUUCUUAAUGAAAAGAAGGACUGUCAUUCUCUUAGGAUGGUCACCAACCCAGCCACCACCCUACCCUGCCUUCCAGAAGGUUCUUUCCUUUUGCUCAAUUCAUAGUAACUCAACCCUUACCAAAUAGAUCGGUGUUGAGAAAUAUCUCUUUGUAUGUAUCAAAACCAAUGCACCAUCCAUUUGCAGUAGAGAUUCCCCAAGGAGCAAGAAAGAAAACACAAAUCUGGCUACUGUGUCUCUAGGCCGCAAGAGCCCCAGUGGUCUCAAGCACAGGCCUUUGCAUUGACUCGGAGGAUAAUUUAAGUCUUCCUUUAUGUUGGCCAUCUGUCCUCCUUGAGUGCCCAUGGCGGGUGGGGACAGAGUCACUUGGCCCAGCAUUCCUUUUGGCCCAUCCAUUGCGUUGUAGCAAGAGAAGUCUAGAAUAGUGCCUGAAAACGAGCUCUUCUCCACUCAGUCCCCACAUCCCUGUCCUUCCCCACUCACUCCUAUUGAUUUCUAUAGCUGCAUUUUUUUAAAGAUAUUUUUAAAUGAAAAAUGAACACCUCCUUUCCCGCAUCCACCUGUCCAGGAUAAGGCAUAUUUGGACAAUGAGUGGAUCUAACUCUCUAAUGCAUUUGAGCUCUUCACAGAAGAGCCUUUCUUGCUCCAAGUGUGACAUUUUUCUCACUUGAUGUUUGCUGACUUAGUGCCUUUGAGGUGAGACGCAGGGUCUCGCGGAAGCAUCUGUUUCCACUUUUCAGGAGACAAGCUGCUGCCCCAGUGGAUGGAGCAGCCUCUGCCAUGAUCUCCAUGACUUACAAAUGUUUAUCCAGGCCCUCGAAGCUCCCAGGAUAUCAUCCAGAAUAUCUAGAAAACCCCAUCCCCAUCUUUGUGGAAGAUGGCAUCCACAUCAACUUGGUCUCCAAUCUCUCUUGGCCUGGGACAUCACUUUCUAAACCAUGAGGCUCGAGGGCUGCUGACUUGCACAGUAGCUAAGUGUUGUAUGUCUUGGGCAGCCAUGGGAGGGUUUGCUUGUUCCCGAAAUGCUUUGCUCAUCUUGGAAGGGUGGGUGGUGGGGAGGUCUGUGCUGGGACACAGGCAGUGUGGGCUUGGUUAUAUGUACACUCGUGGGGACACAUGUUGGUGUUGAGUUCUGCGGACACGCACAUGGACACUGCCUUUGCACCUGCCUGGAAGUCCAGGUGAGCCCCUGAGGAUGCUGAGGGCUGCUUUCCAGGAAGCUAGGAAGUGUUUAUGCCUCUCCAAGAAGCCCAGCUCGCUGUUGAAAUUCCUCCUCUUCUUCCACACCCUCUCUUGUCCUGGAAGGCUCAGGUCAUCAGUUCCUGUCUCCCACCAACUUUCUCACUGAGCUGCUGAUCUCAGUACAGUGGGGGCACCAUGGCCUCCUUGAGUAUCCCAAGGCCUUGCCAAAAGAAAAUGGUGGCUUCCUGGACAACCGGACGUCUCUGAGAGGAAGAGGGUGGCGGUCGGCUCUUUUCUGGGGCUGCUGCGUAGUUGAAUAUCUGGCUGAGUACCUGGACCUUUCCAAGGGCAACCUCUUCGGGUUGUCUUCUGCCCUCGUAACCCAACACUCUGAGAUAGGACCUAACUUUUUAGCCUUUGCUGUGGAAAGAUAGUGAGUCUGAAAUCUUCGUGCAUCUGGAAGCGACGUAGCUGUUUAAGUUAGGAACAGCAGAGAUUGCGCUUCUUCAUGAUCACAACAGACCACCCCUGGGAAGCCUCGCCCCUGAGGACCUUCUGUACCUGCUCAGCCAACCACUCGGCUGCUAAAGUGCAGAUGAGUCCAGGCCCCACACAGGCACGAGGUGUCCCAUCUGGCCUAAACGAUUUAAUAAAAGGGUGUGACAGGGACAGUGGUUUAAAACAUUUGAAAAGCUAGUCUCCCCUAGGAGGAAAGAACACUUCCCCCUGAAAAGACGAAUCUCGAUCUCUUUUCCCAGCUGGAGAAAUCAAGUUUGUCAUGGAUAAAAAGUAAGUGUUCUCAGUUAGAAGA